UGGAGGAUCGAGGAUCGGCGGAUGUGCGCGAUAAUGCAACCUUCACACGCGCGCGCGCGUCCCAUCCUCAGUCGCCGUUCCGGAUUCGCAGCGUGAACGCGCUUUCUCCAUCGUGCGGCUGGCAGACACGCAUCAUGGCAUCCUCGCCCAAUUCCGCUCCUUUUACCCGAGUUUGUAUUUAUUCGCUACUGUUCGCGGCGGUCUUUUGCGAACACAACGACACGGAAGACGAGCACGCAAAGCAUACGUACACGGUGGAAAUGUUCAAGGAAGCGGUGCCCACUGCGCCGCACUUUGUCAUGUUUUACGCCCCACGGUGCGGCCACUGUCAGAAGCUGCAGCCAACAUGGAAUGAAUUGGCAGAGAAGUACAACAGCAUGGAGGAGCCCCCCGUCUAUGUCGUAAAAGUAGACUGCACCCAGGACACCAAGUUCUGCUCCAACGAACACAAGAUCCAAGGCUACCCCACGCUAGUGUUGUACAAGCCUGACCAGACGCCUAUCAAAUACCACGGAAUGAGGGAGCUGCAGGCUUUGGAGGACUGGAUGUUGACGACGCUUGAGAAGGAGCCUUCUUCCGAGCCACCCGCCGAUGUUCCUCCAGAGCCCAAGGACGGCAUGUAUGAGAUCACCGCCGGCAACUUUAAGGUGCACAUUAGCAAAGGCGCACAUUUCGUCAAGUUCUACGCCCCAUGGUGUGGCCACUGCAAAGCCAUGGCUCCCACUUGGGAGCAGAUGGCCGCCACCUUUGAGCACUCUGAUGACCUCAAAAUAGGAAAGCUGGACUGCACACAAUACCAGCAAGUGUGUCUUCAGUUUGGCGUGCGGGGAUAUCCCUCACUGCUGUACUUCAAGUCAGGCGAGAAGAUAGAAGUAACGCGUUACAAAGGCAAGCGAGACUAUGACACCCUCAAAGACUUUGUGGAUCAGAUGUUGAACGCUGCAAAGAUGAAAGAGGAAGAAACUGAAAAAGAAGCGGAGGAAGAAGCCAAGGAGGCGCCAGAAAAGGUAGAAGUCAAAGAAGACGCCAAGGAGGAGCCAGAAAAGGUAGAAGUCAAAGAAGACGCCAAGGAGGAGCCAGAAAAGGUAGAAGUCAAAGAAGACGCCAAGGAGGAGGAGAAGUCCAGCAUCUUGAACCUGACAGAAAACAACUUUGAUGAGACCAUCGCCAAAGGAUUCACUUUUGUCAAAUUCUUUGCUCCAUGGUGCGGCCACUGUAAACAUCUGGCGCCAGUGUGGGAGGAGCUUUCCACCAAGGACUUUCCUGCCCUGACCGACGUCAAGAUUGCCAAAGUGGACUGCACAGUGGAGCGCACGCUCUGCAACAAGUACUCUGUGCAAGGCUACCCCACCCUGAUGAUCUUCCGCGCCGGGAAGCAGGGCAAUGAGUAUAAUGGCCCCCGGGAACUGGAGAGCCUGCACGACUUUGUCCUGAAGCAGGUGAGGGAUGAGCUGUGAGGACCCGCAUUGCAGCAGCAGCAGCACGUGUCCUGCACCAGCCAACCCUCACUCUCUUUUUACUGUGUUGACAGAACAAUUUGGGGUGUUUGGGUAUGUGAAUGUAUUUCUCGUUCUUGGUUCUUUCUAAACCUCUUUUUUUUAUUUUAUUUUUUUAUACAUGGGAUCUGUUGUUCAAACGCAAGCCAUUAAUUGUUACCUUUCAGCGUAACUUAACUCUCAGGGACAAAGCUCACUGAGCUUGGAGUCUGACACGAAGACAUUUGAAGACAGAUCAGCUCCUCUAUGGUGCCCCCAUAAUAUCUCCAUUACUAAAGAAGGUUUUAGUUUCUGCUGCUUCGGUUUAUCUGAAAACCUCUCUAAAUAUCCUCAAAAGGGUUGGUGGACGUUUUUAGAACAGAAAGUCACAAAUGUGGACGACGUGCGGUGUCGUUUUAAAAUAGUCUUUUUGUUGGUACUUUUGAAAGGAAGUGUUCAAAUACUGGGAUAAUAUUUUUGUUGAAAGCACUGAUUUUAGUUUCUAAAAACUCAGCCAUGAAGAAGUUGAAUCGAUCGAUCAAUCACUCAACCAAACCAUUGUUUUUGCUCCAUAUGCUGAAACUGUUUCUUUAUUUUUGCACAAAGUGGACAGUAAAUGAGAUGUGACGCACAUGUUGCUCUUUGACACAGUUCAUGUGACAAAGUAAUACAAGGUACACACGUGUCGUUGUUUUUGCCAGUAAAUCUUUAUGGAAAGCACAUGGUCUAAGGAACUCCAGUGACACUUUUUUUUGUUUGUUUGUUUUUUUUGUUAUGCAGUCAUGGGUUGUGCUCAGCCCACGGAUUUGUACAAUAAAAAAAAAAAAAACACUUAAUGGCAAGUUGUAACAUGAGAUUUCAUAAUAAAAAAAAAUAUAUACAAAAAAGGUUUGGUUCUCCACGUGUCUCACAAGGUGUAAUUCAUUUUUUAACAAAAGUGCAAUAAAUAAACUGCGAAUGUACAAGUAUUUACACAAGAACAUGAUCACAAAUGUAAACAGCAGCUUACCAGAGGUAUAUUUUGUGUUUGAUGAUUGGCUAGGCACGUAAGGUAUUGAGAGUCUUCGUAUUGCUGUUAGAUUCUCAUUCAAAUAUAUUGUCUAAAAAGAAUCCACAGAAGAAGAAAAAAUAAUGAAUAAAAGCCAACUGCUUGGA